UUUGAAUACUUCUGACCUACCAUGGCACCGCCUUCAUCAUACAGAAAGAACAAAAGUCUUAACAGACAGAUUUUUUACAGCUGUAUCUUUCCAGACAUGAAGCCUGCUGACCUGUGAAACAAGCUCUUUGUUAUCUAAAUUUAUUAUUGUGGACAGCUCUUUGAGAUUUACUGCUUAUUUGGUAUAUUUGUGUCAAAUCAUAACAAACUCAAAGCAAAAAAUCAAGACACCUGUAUCUGAUCUAAUUUGGGCUUAUUUAAGUUCAAGGGAGGAGUCUCAUUCAGUCGGUGCCCUGGAAUGUUUCUUCUGUUCUGUUUUAUUUGUUCUUGAAAAUUUCCAGUUAUUGCUCAGAGGGCUUGAUUGGACAUAAAACCCUAAAGAGAAUUAUAUAUAGAGGUUUUGAAAAUUUUCAGCUCAGAGGAUUUGACUGGACAUAAAAGCCUAAAGAGAAUUAUAGAGAGAGGGGUAUAGAAAGCUUGGCAAUCAUCAAAUGGGGAAGAAGCUUGUUGGUGUGGGUCUGGACUUCUCAGCAAAUGGUGAGUAUGCAAUGGAUUGGGCACUGCAAAAUCUGACAAGAGAGGGAGAUGAAGUUAUUGUGAUACAUGUGAAGGGUGAUGGUGUUGAUGAAGGUGAAGGGUUUCUGUGGAAGGACAGUGGGGCUCCAUGUAUUCCUUUAAGGGAAAUGGAAGAGGCUGUAAUCACAGGAAAGUAUGGAAUUCAGUGGAAAGCUGCACUGGUUGAGGAGCUGAAUUCUGCUGCACAGCAGAAAGGGCUGGACAUUUGUGUGAAGGUUUAUUGGGGUGACCCAAAACAGAAACUGUGCAGUGCAGUCACAGAUCUUGGUUUGAAUCUGCUGGUUGUGGGGAGCAGAGGACUUGGGGCCUUCAAGAAGGUUUUCUUGGGGAGUGUCAGUGAUUAUGUUGUCAGUAAUGCUGUGUGCCCCAUUACUGUUGUCAAGUCUCCAUCAUUAAGGGAAAGGGAAAGGACAUGGGAGAAGGAUGGAUUAUCAAGCAACUGCAUGGAAAAUAAGGAAACUGCAUGGAAAAUAAGAAGGAAAUUGGAUCUCGCAAGCAACUGCAUGGAAAAUAAGGAAAUUGGAUCUCCCAUUAACUUGUUGAAGGAGUGGUUUAUGAAAUGAUAAUAUAGUCUGUAUUGAAGAAACGGUUUUUU